AUGGAUGUCAAGACAACUCCCAACGGGGUGGCCACCAUCGAGGACAGGAUCUUACGGAUCACGGGCUAUUAUGGCUAUUAUCCGGGAUAUUCCAGCCAAAAAAAUGUCUAUAGGACAUCCGAUUCAAGAUGCAAACUGGGUUAAGUGAAUUGCCCAGGGUCACACAGCUAAAUGGUUAAACAAAUUAGUCCAUUGCACAGCGCUGAAGAUGCCAUGUCUUCCAAUCUUAAAUUGUCCAACAGAUUCAGGAAUGGUGUAUGUGUGUGGAGUAGAGGGGAAAGGGGAAAGAAAAGGGGGGAUGAGGGGACACAGACCCACCCAGACAGCAACAGCCAAGAAAACAGAGUCAAGACUCGCUGCCAGUCAUGUGCAUCUCUCUUUCUCAAGGUUGUCUGGGGAUUCUUGAUCAUUUUGUCUGUCUCAUCCUCUUGGGUUGGAACCACACAGAUUGUAAAGAUCACAUAUAAGAACUUCUAUUGUCCAUUUUUCAUGACUUGGUUUUCAACAAACUGGAACAUUAUGUUUUUCCCAGUCUAUUAUUCUGGGCAUUUGGCUACUGCUCAAGAAAAGCAGUCUCCAAUUAAAAAAUUCAGGGAAUGCAGUCGGAUUUUUGGUGAAGACGGUUUGACGUUGAAGCUCUUUCUUAAAAGGACUGCUCCCUUUUCUAUCCUAUGGACUUUGACUAAUUACCUGUAUUUACUGGCUUUAAAGAAACUGACAGCCACAGAUGUCUCUGCCCUGUUCUGUUGUAACAAAGCAUUUGUCUUCUUACUUUCUUGGAUUGUGCUGAAAGACAGGUUCAUGGGAGUAAGGAUAGUUGCUGCAAUAAUGGCAAUCACGGGCAUCGUGAUGAUGGCAUAUGCAGAUAAUUUUCAUGCUGAUUCAAUCAUAGGAGUGGCGUUUGCUGUUGGAUCUGCAUCUACUUCUGCUUUGUAUAAGGUUUUAUUUAAGAUGUUUCUUGGAAGUGCCAACUUUGGUGAAGCGGCCCACUUUUUUUCCACCUUAGGUUUCUUUAAUUUAAUCUUCAUCUCCUUCACGCCAAUUGUCCUAUAUUUUACCAAAGUGGAGCACUGGUCAUCUUUCUCAGCCCUACCCUGGGGCUGCCUCUGUGGAAUGGCAGGGCUAUGGCUAGCAUUUAACAUCCUGGUCAACGUUGGGGUUGUGCUGACGUACCCAAUCCUCAUCUCAAUUGGCACUGUGCUCAGUGUUCCUGGGAAUGCAGCUGUGGAUCUCCUGAAACAGGAGGUGAUCUUCAAUGUUGUCCGGCUGGCUGCCACCAUUAUCAUCUGCAUUGGAUUCCUGCUGAUGUUGCUGCCUGAAGAGUGGGAUGAAAUCACUCUGAGAUUCAUCAACAGCCUGAAAGAAAAGAAAAGUGAAGAGCGCGUAGACGACAUGACUGAGUCCAGUGUCCAUUUAAGAAACAGGAGCCGAGCCAAUGGCACAGUGUCUAUACCACUCGCUUAAAAAAGUGACAAACUUUUGAAUGCACGCGGAUGUAUAUUCUGUGAAUAUAAUUUUCUCACUACUUGUAUGCUUAAAUGACAGUAUUAACCU